AUGGCCUACGAGUUUCUUCAGGACAUGCUGCUUGCUCUUAACUUCCCUACUCAUUUUGUCAAAAUUGUUAUGAUUUGUAUUACAUCCACACAGUACUCACUCUUAGUGAAUGGCAGCCCAUUUGACAUCUUUCAUCCUAAGAAGGGGCUACGACAAGGUGAUCCUCUUUCUCUUUUACUGAAGUUGAAACUCAACCAUUUAUGCUUCUCGAAAGACUUGAUGCUGUUUUGUAAAGGUGAUUUAUGCUCUAUGAAGCUUUUGUGCCAGAGUCUUGAUGUCUUUGCUCAAUCUUCUGGUCUCCAAGCUAACCUUAAUAAAUCUGCUGUGUACAUUGGUGGGUUACAACAACCUGUGAAAGAGGUUUUUGCUUCUUAUGUGUGCUUACCGCUUGGAAACCUUCCUUUCAGAUACUUGGGGAUUCCUCUGGCUGCUAAGAAAAUCUCUAUUGGAGACUGUGAUAUGCUUGUAGAUAAAAUGACAGCCAUGAUUAGACUGUGGUACUCUAAGAACUUGUCUUAUGCAGGCAGACUUCAACUGGUCUCCUCCAUUCUUAUGAGAAUAUCUUCUUAUUGGUGCCAACUUUUCAUCCUUCCUAAAGCUGUUAUCCAUAAGGUAAAUUCCAUUUGUAGAUCGUUCCUUUGGUUUGCUGAUCAUUGUAACCCAAAUCCUGGCAACAUAAAUUGGAAUCAACUUUGCAAACCCAAAAAGGAAGGAGGGCUUGGCCUUAAACACUUGGAAAUUUGGAAUAUCGUUGCAGUGGAAAAACUGGCGUGGCAUGUUAGCUCUCUUCAAGAUUCGCUCUGGGUUCGAUGGGUUCAUGGGGUUUACACCAAGGGGGCAUCUUGGAGACUGUUCAACCCACCAAUCAUCUCUAGUUGGUCUUUCAAGAAAAUAUGCAAAAUGAAAGACAAACAACACCCUUGA